AUGUGGCCACAAACGCUGAUCUUGGCAUUUUUCUUCCGACCACGGCCGCCACAAGAUGAAAAGGCUGCAUUUGCAAAAAAGCGCUCAAAGCUCUUGCAGCAACUCCCAGAUUGGAGCCACAUCUUGGUCAAGCCCGACUGUUUCGAUGCCUUGGCCGCAGAGCUACCUGAACUGCUGCAAUCCCAAGUCCGUGCUGCUUGGGCGCAUGGCACCACUUCGUGGGUCGAGCGUGCUGACAUGGUGAAGGUAUUGGCCGUUUGGUUCUAUGGGGGGCUUGCAAUCGACAGCUUGGAUGAAGACAUCAAAGAUCCGAAAAGGCUGGAGGAAUGGCGCAGCAUCAGCCCACUAUUGGUGCCAGGAAAUUUCGGCCUGAACAACAAGACUGUCCCGAUCGAGCCAGACACGUUUGCGGGCGAGCGCGGAGACGCAUUUUUUUUGGACCUCCUGGGUGAGAUAUCUUGUCGCAUAGUGGGCCGCAAGAAGCUUACCCGUGGAAAUGGGCCGUCCUAUGCAAUCUGCGGCUCGUUCGUGCCUGUAGCGCGCCAGCACGGCACAGCGUUGCAUAACAUUGUCCAUCGUACAAUGUGCAACGUUGUGACCUGCAUUCCCCCAGAUGGCCAAGACAUUUUUCGAGUGCAGCAUGCUGUAACAUGGACUGCUUGGAACGAUUGCCCAAAGACCUGGCUGGAGCAGAAACCUUGGAAAAAAGCAAGCUGCUACUUAAAAAAGUCUUCAAAGACACCAAAGACCAAGAAGAGCUCCAAAGUUAAAAAGAAAGUCAAUGCUGCAUACCACGCCACUUCAACCUUGAAGACCUUGCUCGCUGAUCCUGCUUCGUGGUCUUUGGAGCUGGCUCCCGAGUCCGUGCGGAAGUAUAUUCCACAGAAAGGCUAUAUGAAAAUCAAGCAGGUGCCGGAGCAGGACAAGCGGUCUUUUGCAAUGGCCUGCAUGCUUUACGGUCGCCAGUCUGACGAGCGGCAUCGGUACUUGGCCAACGCUGUUUCCAAGGACGUGCUGAAGGCACGGCUUCUGUCGGAUGUGCGCUCCAAUAUGGCCAAGGCGAAGGGCAAGUGGACGUCUAAGCUGUUGAAGUUUCUUGCAGCCUCUGGCCGCGGCGGCAGUCGAUAA